AGGCCGCAGCGGAGGGGAUGGGGCUGGGCCGCGACGCCUCCUGUCGCGACGCGCCCUCACGCGCGCCUACGUCACGGCGUCGGGGCGGAAGAUGGUGCCGCUCGGGGCCGGCGGUUGCUGAGCGGACCCGGAGAGCGAGGCAGCUGGAGCCGGAGCCCGAUCACUCCGGGUACCGCGGGGUGCGGCGCUGCCACCGCCAUGUCGCUGCUGCAGUCGGCGCUCGACUUCUUGGCGGGCCCAGGCUCCCUGGGCGGCGCUUCCGGCCGCGACCACAGUGACUUCGUGGGGCAGACGGUGGAACUGGGCGAGCUGCGGCUGCGGGUGCGGCGGGUUCUGGCCGAAGGAGGGUUUGCAUUUGUAUAUGAAGCUCAAGAUGUGGGAAGUGGCAGAGAGUAUGCACUAAAGAGGCUAUUAUCCAACGAAGAGGAAAAGAACAGAGCCAUCAUUCAAGAAGUGUGUUUCAUGAAAAGGCUUUCCGGGCACCCGAAUAUCGUCCAGUUUUGUUCUGCAGCAUCCAUAGGGAAAGAGGAGUCAGACACGGGGCAGGCUGAGUUCCUCCUGCUCACGGAGCUCUGUAAAGGGCAGCUGGUGGAAUUUUUAAAGAAAAUGGAGUCUCGAGGUCCGCUGUCAUGUGACACGGUUCUGAAGAUCUUCUACCAGACGUGCCGGGCGGUGCAGCACAUGCACCGGCAGAAGCCGCCCAUCAUCCACCGGGACCUCAAGGUUGAGAAUUUGUUAGUUAGUAACCAAGGGACCAUCAAGCUGUGUGACUUUGGCAGCGCCACGACCAUCUCUCACUACCCUGACUACAGCUGGAGUGCGCAGAGGCGAGCCCUGGUGGAGGAAGAGAUCACGAGGAAUACGACGCCAAUGUACAGGACGCCGGAAAUCAUAGACUUGUAUUCGAACUUCCCCAUCGGCGAGAAGCAGGAUAUCUGGGCCCUGGGCUGCAUCUUGUACCUGCUCUGCUUCCGGCAGCACCCUUUUGAAGAUGGAGCGAAACUUCGAAUAGUCAACGGGAAGUACUCAAUCCCCCCGCACGACACGCAGUACACGGUCUUCCACAGCCUCAUCCGCGCCAUGCUGCAGGUGAACCCAGAGGAGCGGCUGUCCAUCGCUGAGGUGGUGCAUCAGCUGCAGGAGAUCGCGGCCGCCCGCAAUGUGAACCCCAAGUCUCCUAUCACAGAGCUCCUGGAGCAGAAUGGAGGCUACGGGAGCGCCGCACUGUCCCGGGGGCCACCCCCUCCCGUGGGCCCCGCAGGCAGUGGCUACGGUGGAGGCCUGGCCCUGGCGGAGUAUGACCAGCCCUAUGGCGGCUUCCUGGACAUUCUGCGGGGUGGGACGGAGCGGCUUUUCACCAACCUCAGGGACACCUCGUCCAAGGUCAUACAGUCUGUUGCCAAUUACGCCAAGGGUGACCUGGACAUAUCUUACAUCACAUCCAGGAUUGCGGUGAUGUCAUUCCCAGCCGAAGGUGUGGAGUCAGCGCUCAAAAACAACAUUGAAGAUGUGCGGCUCUUCCUGGACUCGAAGCAUGCAGGGCACUAUGCCGUCUACAACCUGUCCCCAAGGACCUACCGGCCCUCCAGGUUUCACAACCGGGUCUCCGAGUGUGGCUGGGCGGCGCGGCGGGCCCCACACCUGCACACCCUCUACAACAUCUGCAGGAAUAUGCACGCCUGGCUGCGGCAGGACCACAAGAACGUCUGUGUGGUGCACUGCAUGGAUGGGAGAGCUGCGUCUGCCGUGGCCGUCUGCUCCUUCCUGUGCUUCUGCCGUCUCUUCAGCACCGCGGAGGCCGCCGUGUACAUGUUCAGCAUGAAGCGCUGCCCACCAGGCAUCUGGCCAUCCCACAAAAGGUACAUCGAGUACAUGUGUGACAUGGUGGCGGAGGAGCCCAUCACGCCUCAUAGCAAGCCCAUCCUGGUGAGGGCCGUGGUCAUGACGCCCGUGCCACUGUUCAGCAAACAGAGGAGCGGCUGCAGGCCCUUCUGCGAGGUCUACAUGGGGGACGAGCGCGUGGCCAGCACCUCCCAGGAGUAUGACAAGAUGCGGGAUUUUAAGAUCGAGGAUGGGAAAGCAGUCAUUCCCUUGGGCAUCACGGUGCAAGGAGACGUGCUCAUCGUCAUCUAUCACGCCCGGUCCACCCUGGGUGGCCGGCUGCAGGCCAAGAUGGCAUCCAUGAAGAUGUUCCAGAUUCAGUUCCACACGGGCUUUGUGCCUCGGAAUGCCACCACUGUGAAAUUUGCCAAGUAUGACCUGGACGCGUGCGACAUUCAGGAGAAAUACCCAGAUUUAUUUCAAGUGAACCUGGAAGUGGAGGUGGAGCCCAGGGACAGGCCAAGCCGGGAGGCCCCGCCAUGGGAGAACUCGAGCAUGAAGGGGCUGAACCCCAAGAUCCUGUUUUCCAGCCGGGAGGAGCAGCAAGACAUUCUGUCUAAGUUUGGGAAGCCAGAGCUCCCUCGACAGCCCGGCUCCACGGCUCAGUAUGAUGCUGGGGUGGGGUCCCCAGAAGCCGAGCCCCCGGACUCUGACUCACCACCAAGCAGCAGUGCGGACACCAGCCGCUUCCUGCACACACUGGACUGGCAGGAAGAGAAGGAGUCAGAGACCGGUGCAGAAGACGCCUCUCCCAAGGAGAGCGAGUCUGCCCUGAUGGAGGACAGAGACGAGAGCGAGGUGUCGGAUGAAGGGGGGUCCCCGAUCUCCAGCGAGGGCCAGGAGCCCAGGGCCGACUCGGACACCCCCUGCCUAGCAGCGGGGCUGGUGCCGCAGGACUCUGUUUUGGAGGUGGGAUCGCCCGCUGAACUGCCAGAGCCUGAGACGCAGGAAGACGGGGUCGACCUCCUGGGGCUGCACUCCAAGCCCGAGGCAGGCGCAGAGCCUGCUCUCCCACCGCAGGCCCACAGGGCCCCCUCCAGCAACACCGACUUGCUCAGCUGCCUCCUCGGGUCCCCUGAGGCCGCCUUGCAGGGGUCCCCGGAGGAUCUGCUCGGCGAGGCCCCCCUACUCCUGGCAAGCCCGGCCCCUCCCCUGAGCGUUCAGAGUACCCCAAGAGGAGGGCCCCCCACUGCUGCCGACCCCUUCGGCCCACUGCUGCUGUCUUCAGACACUGACGCUCAGCCCUGCUCCAGUCCUGAUCUCUUCUGCGAGCUUCUCAACUCAGACUCUGCGGCCGUCCCGUCCUUCCCGUCUGCCCACAGCGCUCCGCCCCUGGCCUGCAGCACCGACUUCCUGCACCUGGGGGAUCUGCCAGGAGAACCCACCAAGAUAACAGCCUCAUCCAGCAACCCCGACCUGCUGGGAGGAUGGGCUGCCUGGGCCGAGGCUGCGGCGUCAGCCACGACCCCCGUGCCGGCCACGGAAGGUCCCCUCUUCACUGGAGGUCAGCCAGCCCCUUGUGGACCUCAGGCCAGCUGGACCAAGUCUCAGAACCUGGACCCAUUUGCCGACCUUGGUGACCUCAGCUCCGGCCUCCAAGGGUCUCCCAUUCCCACAAGCGGGCGUUGGCGUCGGAUCUCCGGGGCUGCCCUCGAGUCCUCCCGCUCUGCUCUUGUGAGCUUGUACCUGAGGUGCCUUCUGCUCCAUCAUCAAGUCCCAGGAGUGUUUUCAUUCUUUGAAUGUUCUUUUUAUGUUUCGAUGGUUUGGGGAUGCAUUGUGUCUUUUUGAGGACAUCCAUGAGAGGGUGACUGGGUCGUUGUGUAUUUUCCUUCCCUUUGUGGCCUCUGUGUUGUGUUGUCUGGGAGUUCGGUGGGGCUACGGGGGCCGUGCCCUCGGGAGGAGACCUGCCCUGGGUGGUAGUAAUGGGGCAGAAGGAGUGGAUUCCCAGGGACCCCCACCCGCCAUCUGUGUCCUGGACGCAGCCCCAGCCCUCCGCCCACUGGCUCGGUGGGUGGCCUGAGACCAUCCUGCCUUCUGAGAAGACAGGAAUUCUGAACAAACACAGCUGAUACAACUGAUGGAAAAAAUAGGCAAACCCAAAUCCUAGCCAGUGACAUCAGCACUGCUGUCCCUGCACGUGCUGAAGCAGCGUAUGGAAGGCAGUGAGGACAAGGAAGGCGGAGGCACCAGCCAGUGGGGCCCAGCAGCUGCAGGCACAGACCUCUUCAUGCAGCCUUGUCCUCAGAGAAGCCGGAUUCUGCAGCGUGCUCUCUGACCAUGGUGAAAUAGAACUGAAGAGUCUUCACACUUGGAAACAAAACAGCACACUUUCCAACGACACCUGGGCCAUAGAGCAGGUCUCGAGGGAAAGAUUCGUGGAGCUGAGCGAAAAUCCAGAUGCAGCCUAGGAAGGCCCAGGGCCCUGGCAGACUGUGCUGAGACACCCCCAGUCUUGGGCACCUGCUGUGGAAAAGGCAGAGUGCCCAGGAGUGACCUGAGCUCUCUACACAGACAUCUGCAGGGGAGAAAAGGAGCAGAAUAAGCCCACAGCAAGCAGAAGGAAAGCAAGAACUCGGAGCCACAGGCAGUGCUGGGGAGCCUCAGAGACAGAGGCCGGAAGCCCGCAGCCCUCUCCUGGGACUGCAGGAAGAGUGACCAGGUCAUCGAUACGGAGGACCCCACAGCCUCUGAGAGGGUCACGGGUGCGGGCACCACUGUGCUGCGAGCUUGACCACUGAAAUUGCCUAAUUCCUCCAAUUUGGCAGUGACUGCCAAAACUUACCCAGUAUCAGGUAGAUCCUUUGAAAAAUUCUAUAAAUGCAAAGAAAAUGAAUUCAUAGUUAAAAACUUCCCUAAAAAGGAAACCUCCAGACCCACCUGGAGCCAUUGGAGAAUUUCACCAAAUGUUUAAAGAAUGCCGAUUCCAUACACUCUCGCAAGAAGUAGAAGAGAGGGAACACGUUCUAAUCGAUU